AUGGACGUGCCGAGUAUUCCUGAAUUUUUUAAAGACAAACAAAUUUUCAUCACUGGCGGAACGGGUUUCAUUGGCAAAGUUCUAAUCGAAAAACUUCUACGAUCAUGUCCAGAUGUAAAAAGCAUCGUCCUGCUGAUUCGCGAGAAGAAAGGACAAACUGUUUCGGAAAGAGUCGACGAUAUUUUGCAAAAUCCGUUAUUCGAUUUGCUAAGAGAGACUAAUCCUGAGGCAUUGACCAAAGUAUCGGCUGUGGGUGGUGAUGUCACCAGUUUGGGGUUGGGACUAAACGAGAAGGAUAAAAAAAUAGUUUUAAAGUCUAAUGUUGUGUUCCAUGCUGCCGCCAGUGUCAGAUUCGACGAUCCUUUAAAAAAGGCAACCCUCAUGAACACCAGAGGAACUCGAGAAAUGAUGGAACUGAUGUUGCAAAUGCCAAAUCUGGUGGUUGGUGUCCACGUUUCAACCACAUAUUGCAACACCGACAAGAAUGUCAUCGAAGAAAAAGUGUACAGAAACCACGGAGAUUGGAGGGAAGCCAUCAGGGUUGCCGAAGGAAUCGAGGACGAAUACAAUGCAGCUUGUUUGACACCAUUGAUUAAAGGAAACAUGAGGAACACCUAUGUUUACACUAAGCAUUUGGCAGAGAAUGUGGUUGAAGAGUAUGCUGAUAGGUUGCCUCUCAUAUUGUACAGACCGGGGAUAGUUAUCUCGAUGUGGAAAGAUCCGUUACCAGGCUGGGCGGACAAUAUGAAUGGGCCGGUAGGUUUGGUUAUAGCCUCUGGAAAAGGUCUUCUUCGAGCAGCGCUCAUAGCCCAGGACAACGUCAUGGACUAUUUCCCUGUCGAUGUUGUCGUGAAGGGUCUCAUUAUCGCUACUUGGCAGAAGGGAAUAAAAGUGGUCUCUCAAGAGAAGUUACCCGUGUACAAUUGUUCCGUCCAGGAGAACUACGAUAUGACCCAGAGGCAAUUCAACGAGAACGGCAGAAAAGUCAUGGAGAAGUACCCUUUCAACAAUGCAAUCAGAGUCCCUAACACAGUUUUGACUACAAACGUAUUACUUUUCAGAGUUUUGGGUCCAAAAGAUUGCAAGAAAGGCCUAUGUGGGCAUGAUGGCCGUGUCAUUCUUCUCGGUGAGAAGCUGGGACUUCAAGUGCGAGAAAAAUUGGGCCCUGACGAAAAAGUUAAAGGACUGCGACAGGACUUUUUCUUCAGUAGCGACGAUUUCGACUUUGACGAAUAUAUGAAAAAUGCGAGAGAAGGAGCUUCUAAAUAUUUAUUGAAAGAAGAUAUCGACUAUCCAUCGGCAAGGAGAUCUCACAAGAGGUAA